CUUAACCGCAUUGAUCGCUCACUUUCUUGUAUGCGCUCUUAACAGUUCUCUGGCAGCGUGAUCAGCCAUACAACACAUUUUCGCGUCACAAUUGUAGGCAAAGGCAUUUGAGCAAAGUGUUGGACUGAGUGAGUCGGUUUUAGAUACCCGUCUUUACGUUGUUUGAAAUUAUGGCGGAUAUCAGCGUGCUGAGUGUAAUAUUUUUCGCUUGAGUAUUUUUCGGCGUGUUCAUCGGACUGUUUUAGUGUAAGAGCCUAGACGUGCGUGUUUACAGACGCGAUAAAUUCACUGGCGAUAAAAAUUGGGGGAAAGUGUUUACCAAAAUUUAAAUCAUCUCGAAAAGCAUUAAAACUGAUUUAAGAAAACAAAAACGUUAAAAUUUUUAUCAAAUAAAAGUUCGCUAGUCAGCAAGUGAAGAGUGUAAAUACAUGUUAGUCAUGGUAUUGAAAUAAUGCUAUAUGCAAGCAAUUGAUGUGUACGUGGAUUGAAGCGCUAUAUAUGUUUGUAAUUGCAAUUUCAUGCCUAUGAACGUACAUAUGUAAAUAAAUACGUAUGCACAAACAUAAAUUAAGUGAUAAUUAAACAAAAAAAAACAAAAACAAAAGGAAAGACGAAAGUGAAAGUUGUGAAUAUACAUAGAACUACAGUUGAUUUGAUGCGGAAAGAAAAUUGGAUAAUGUCCUCGACGGCGCAUAGCGGAGACAGCGAUUCCUUAAAUUAUGAAGAACUCAAUGUCAUUGGGACAGGUGCUUACGGUACUGUAUAUCGUGCACGAGAUAACCAAUCUGGCAAGAUUGUUGCGAUCAAAAAAGUUCGCAUACCCAUUACAGACAACGGAGUUCCAAUGUCAACGCUUCGUGAGAUCGCGUUAUUGAAACACCUAAAUGCUUCAGACCAUCCGAAUAUUGUAAAACUAUUUGAAGUGUGCCAAGUUCUUGAACGCGAGGAUCAACUGAUGGUGCUUUUAGUUUUUGAACACUUGGAGCAGGAUCUUUCGGAUUUAAUCGACAGACUACCAAAAUCCGGAAUGCCGCCAAUAACGAUUCAGCGUUUGUCACGGGAGCUCUUAACUGGAGUAGAUUUUCUACACUCUCAUCGAAUCAUUCACCGAGACUUAAAGCCACAAAAUUUACUGAUAUCGUCGCAAGGUCACUUAAAAAUUGCAGAUUUUGGCUUGGCGAAAACGUACGAUUUCGAAAUGAAAUUAACUUCCGUAGUGGUGACACUUUGGUACCGUGCUCCCGAAGUUUUGUUGGCACAAUCUUAUAAUAGUUCAGUUGAUAUUUGGAGUGUUGCUUGUAUUAUAGCAGAAAUGUUUGCGCGCAAAGCCCUUUUUCCGGGCACGUCAGAAGCCAAUCAACUAGAUCGAGUUUUUGAACUAACCGGUCGUCCUACAGCGCAGCAGUGGCCACAAUCAAUAUCGCUUUCAAGGGAGCAUUUUCCUUCCCGACUUCCGAAGCAACCUAAGGAUUUAUGUGCUAACCUGUGUGAAUACGCAAACGAUCUGUUAAGCCUAAUGCUUUCUUACGACUUCAGAUCCCGCCCCUCAGCGUUGGCUUGUUUAGAGCACGAGUACUUUCAACAAGAGCCUAUGUAACAUUUGCUGCUGCUACUAUUUGUACUGAUUUAAUAUAAGUAUACCGUAUUUAGUUUGUUAAUUUUUCACUAAGCCAUUAAAUAAUUUAAAAUUUAACUUAGUAACUAGUAGAAAAAUAAUAAUCUGAAUUUUGUAUGUACAUAAG